AUGCACAUUUUGACAGUCCUCUGUUUCAUCACAGUCAUUAACAUUGGCCUGCUCCCUCGCAGAACUCUUGGCUACCCUAUAAUUACUCGAGCAUAUAGCUUGUAUUCCACGUAUCAAUCGGAUAACUCGGCUACACUGGAUCUACGACCAUUGGAUACACAAUCCUUGAGCUCUCAAAUGAAUCCAAAGGUAUCUUCACCGGCGUUCUCUAAUGCCGCCAAGGUUGGGUUCGUCAAUGUUAUACUUCGAACAUACAAACACACAGCUUCCCCCUUGAGGUAUUUCAAGACACCAGAAAUUGAACACCUUUCGACUUCGCUUGCUCAUCCUGUAGGUCUAGGCCCGUUUGAUCUCGCCAUACAUGGCUUAAGUAGUAUUUCGGAGCAGAUUCAUGCGAAGCUUGAGUUAAAUAACGAGCGGGAACAGCGCUCCACUUUGAACGAUUUGGAAAGCCUCGAGCAGAAUUUGGAUGCCAGCACAGUGUAUCUCCCGGAUCCCAACCACCGACGAUGUUGGUCUGGCAGCACAAGCACAGCGUCGGUUCGUGCACCUGAUUAUAGGCGCAAUACAAAGCUAAAGCGUUCAUCGACUCAUGCGGCUGCGGGCGAACAUCUGAAAGUCCGGAUGUGGGGUAUCCAAUAA